AUGUGUACCAUAUUGAUGGUGGAGGCGGUGGUGGCAUUGGACGGUGUUCCACUUGGAACGGAUUCUCGAUGGAUUGUGAAUAAAAAUGGGCAGAGAGUUAAGCUUGCAUGUGUGAAUUGGGUGUCUCAUUUAGAUGCUGUUGUGGCUGAAGGGCUCAGUAAAAAGCCUGUUGAUGAAAUAUCGAAAGGAAUAAAGAGCAUGGGCUUUAACUGUGUUAGGCUGACUUGGCCCACUCUUCUUGCCACUGAUGACACUCUUUCUAAUUUUAAGGUUAGGCAAUCAUUGGAGAAUCAUGGCCUCAAGGAUUCUAUUGCUGGUUUUCAAUCCAAUAACCCUUCCAUCCUUGAUCUUUCACUCAUCCAAGCUUUUCAGGCCGUAGUGAAGAGUCUUAAGAACAAUGAUGUGAUGGUGAUUUUGGACAACCACUUAACAAAUCCAGGAUGGUGUUGUGGUAAUACCGAUGGGAAUGGGUUUUUUGGUGAUCAAUAUUUUGACCCGAAUGAAUGGGUCACGGGUCUAACCAAAAUGGCCACUCUUUUCAAAGGAGUCCCUAAUGUUGUAGGCAUGAGCUUGAGGAAUGAACUCAGAGGCCCAAAACAAAAUGAAAAUGAUUGGUACAGGUAUAUGGUGCAAGGAGCAGAAGCAGUUCAUGCAGCGAAUCCAGAUGUUCUUGUAAUUCUAUCUGGAUUAAACUUUGAUAAAGACUUAUCCUUCAUUGCCAAAAGACCAGUGAACCUAUCAUUCCAAGGGAAACUAGUAUUUGAAGCACACAGGUAUGCAUUCACUGAUGGUCAAGAUUGGAUAAAUGAAAACCCAAAUCAAGGUACUAAUGUCAAUGACAACCGUUAUCUUAGUUGCUUUAUAGCAUAUGCAGCUGAACUUGAUUUGGAUUGGGCCUUGUGGACAUUGCAAGGGAGUUACUACAUUAGAGAAGGGGAUGUUGAACAUGAAGAGUUUUAUGGUCUUCUCAAUUUGAAUUGGACACAAGUUAGAAAUACUGGUUUCUUGCAGAGGAUUACUUCCUUUCAACUUCCAUUUCAAGGUCCAGGCAUAAU